UUUUCAUCUAAGGAUCAAGGAAUUUGUUAACACCGCUAUAUAACCAUGAGUGAAUCACGAACAGAAUUACUCGCGUGGCUGAACGACUUGUUACAAAUCAGCUAUACAAAAGUUGAACAAUGUGGAACAGGCGCAGCUCACUGUCAAAUUAUUGACUCAGUAUUUGGGGAUGUACAAAUGCAGAAGGUUAAAUUUAACGCAAGACAUGAAUAUGAGUAUGUUGCUAAUUACAAAGUAUUGCAGACAGCUUUUGACAAACACAAAAUCGACAAGGUAAUUCCUAUUGAGCGUCUUACUAAGUGUAAAUUCCAAGAUAAUCUUGAAUUCUUGCAGUGGAUGAAGAAGUAUUGGGAUACUUAUUAUCCCGGUGGACCCUACGAUGCCCAAGCAAGACGUAGCGGUGGUGGAGCAGGCGUUGUAAAAUCGGUAUCUGGUGGAGGUGCCACUAGAACCAUGCCAAAAAGAACCGCUGCUAGUACAGCAGCAGGACGAAUUCCAUCUACAGGGUUACAUCAUGACACCAAUCAAUCAGCUAUGGUGAUCGAAUUAACCAAACAAAAUGAAGACCUUAAAGUUACUGUAGAUGGCCUUGAGAAAGAACGUGAUUUCUAUUUCGGAAAACUUAGAGAUAUCGAAAUCUUGGUUCAACAACAACUUGAUGUUGAACCUGACAAUCAAUUAUUGAAAGAAAUUCAAACCAUUCUUUACAGUACAGAGGAUGGAUUUGAAGUUCCACCGGAAGGAGCAGUCGAAGGAGAGGCAUAUGAUGAGGAAACCUUUUAAAUUUUUAUUGAAAUCAUAAUAUAUAUACACAUCUAGAAAAACCUUAAAUACCACUAUUUUUUUUUAACAAAAAAAAAAAGAUAAAUGAAGCAUAAUUUUGUGAAUUAGUACUUUUCUUGAACUUAUUCCGUUAUUUUCAAAUGUAGUUUUACAAUCAUUUUUUAGUUAACGUAAAAGCAAAGUUUUGUUAAAAAACAUUUUUUUUUUUUUUUUU